CCUACACUAUAGGUAGUUAGCUACAAGCAGAAUUGUCUGUCCGUCGUAGCAAACGCAGCCACCAUGAUAUUUCCCAGCUUAUCAGUGGGGUCGUUACUACUUGCCAUCUUUGCAGCGUUGGCUAUGGGGGAAGAAAUCUUGGUGACCGUAGAACAAGGUACACUGCUUGGACAAACAGCCACAAGUCUCUACAACACGACAUACACAGCUUUCUUGGGAAUACCGUAUGCUGAGCCCCCUCUUGGAGUACUACGAUUCCAGGCGCCACAGCCUCCACCUAGUUGGGAGGGUAUUCGGAAUGCCACCCAGUACGGCAGCGACUGCGUGCAGUCUAGCGGCGGCUCGGAGGACUGCCUCUACCUCAACGUGUUCGUGCCGGGCGUCCCGCAAGAGGGCGCAGGGCUGCCCGUGCUCUUCUGGGUGCACGGCGGAGGGUUCUUCGCCGGCAGCGGCUCUGACCAGGAGCACGGACCUGACUUUCUCGUCUCCUACGGCGUCAUCCUGGUUACCAUCAACUACCGACUAGGUCCACUCGGUUUUCUGAGCACUCAGGACUCUGUGGUGCCUGGCAACGCUGGACUCAAGGACCAGCGGCAGGCCCUGCUGUGGGUGCAGCAGAACAUCGCCAGGUUCGGCGGGGAUCCGCAGUUGGUAACACUGCAGGGACAGAGCGCGGGCGGCGUCGCCGUGUCCUACCACCUCGUGGCGAACGCGUCGGCAGGCCUCUUCUCGAGGGUCAUCGACGAGAGCGGCACUCUGGUGGCCUCGAUCUCUGGGACGAGGGACGGCCGCUACCACGCCUUCAGGCUGGGCGCCGCGCUGGGGCUGGAGGCGGAGGACUCCCAGGAGCUCGUGGAUUACCUGCGCACUGUCGACGCCGCAGACCUACUGGUGGACGACGCACUCCUCACGACGGACGAGGAAAAGUUGUAUAUGUCAAACAUCGUAUGGUCUCCCAAUAUAGAACCUCCAACACAGAGCGCGUUCCUUACUGAAUCUCCCAUUUCAAUUUUGAACGAGGGCCGUUUUCUGAAAGUGCCUCUCAUGAUCGGUGUCACUUCCGCUGAACUCGGUUUCAGCAUCCUCAGUCAAUCAGCGGUGAUCACCAACUUGAACGAACAGUUUGAACAAGUUGUGGGUCCCUGUCUUCACCUACCGACAACCGAAGAUCAGGCGGAAGCUGCCUUGAGGAUUACAAACUUUUAUUUUGGCAACGAAAGUAUUUCUGCAGAAAACCCGGAGCCAUUAGUCCAGCUGAAUGAAGACAUCACCUUCUUCGAGCCGACCGAUUCCUUCGUCAGGAAACUGGCCCAGCUGACUGACGUGCCAGUGUAUUACUACAAAUUCGACUAUCCUGGGCCUAACGUCCCUACAAAUGAAUGGGGCGUCAUUCAUGGCGGAGAGCUGCCGUCUCUCUUUGUGCGGAAGGAUACUGAGUAUAAUUUGGAUCCUGAGUCCGAGGAGGACCGAGUACGGAGAAACGUGUUACGUCUCUGGAACAACUUUGCAAAAUACGGGAAUCCUACGCCCGAGGCGGAUCCCGUGGUCUGGGAGCCGUAUGACCUGACCAGCCGCAGCUACCUGCUGAUGGAGGCCAACUUCUCGCUUGCCCACAACAAGGACAGCGAACGGAUGGACUUUUGGAACCAGAAUGUGCCGCUGUUGCCGUACCCUGGCACAUACUAGUGGGAGACGUGUUCAACUACAGGAAAUAGGAAGUUACACAAUGUAUCGAACAAACCAUGUAACGUACUACGCAGUUCGAAAUGUCCAAGGGUAUAUCUUUGGCUUCAAUUUGGUUGACACGUUCCAUAUUAUUUUCAGUUUUCAUUGUUUCCAAAAAUGUUCGAGGGUGUCACACAGUGGAAUAUCACUAAUGUUAUAAACAAACGUAGCAAUUAAUUCCACGGUCCACUUAAUGAAUAUAUGGACGUAUCGAUACCUACUUCAUCAUUAACCCGUUAUAUUUCUGUAACUGUCAAUUAUAAACUGAGAGGUGAUUUUCACAGUGCAAACACUAAGCUGUUCGCGAAAGUACGUACAUGAAAUAAGAAGACGGAAACGGAAAUAAACUACAUUUUA